AAGUGGUGGUAUUACAGGUGUGAGCCACUGCACCUGGCCCAUAUUUAUCUUUAAAAAAAAAAAUAGAUGUUUAUCAUUUUUUAUAUAGACUCAUUGAAAAAAUGACUUUGUGUUCUUCCAGUACAUACCAUCGUGUCUGAGAAGGCAGAGAUCUAGACAAGUGUGGGGAAGAUGACUUUGGAUCAAAAUUUUCUAGUGAAUAUAAUGUGGUUAAAUGUAAUUUAAAGCUGACUGUAUUAAAGAUACAUUUUUUUGUCAACCAGAUGAUUGUUAAAUACCUGUGAAGUAUGUGUGGCCUGGUCCUAUUUCCUCACCUGUUUACAGUGAAUCAGACGUCCCAAUAGAUGUGGAGACGGUCAUGUCAACACCUAUGCCACUCUAUGACAAUCAGAAGGCACGCAGCAUGAUGAAUGAGUGUGAACGGCAUGUCAUCUUUGCCAGGACUGAUGCAGAUGCCCCUCCUCCACCAGAGGACUGGGAGGAGCAUGUCAACAGGACUGGCUGGACAAUGGCCCAGAACAAGCUAUUCAACAAGAUCCUCAAAGCCCUGCAGUCUGACCGGCUUGCCCGCUUGGCCAACGAAGGGGCUUGUAAUGAGCCAGUGCUGCGCCGUGUUGCUGUGGACAAGUGUGCAAGGAGAGUGCGGCAGGCUCUGGCAAGUGUGAGCUGGGACACCAAGCUGAUCCAGUGGCUGCACACCACCCUCGUGGAGACCUUGAGUCUGCCCAUGCUGGCAGCCUACCUGGAUGCUUUGCAGACACUGAAGGGGAAGGUAAGGCUGUGAUUGGUAUCUGCCCUGUCCUAGGGAUAGCCAGCCUCUCCUGUGGGUUCAGGAUGUGGGGUUGGGCAGGGUAAUUAUCUGGUCGGUCUGGGGUGCCUGGUCAAAACUAACGGGUUUGGUAUUAAAAUUGGGAGACAGGGUAUCAUUUCACAUUUGUGUCUGGUGUAAACGUUUUCAGCCCUCCUAGCUCCAGGAUGAGGUGCGGGGCCUGAAAACCAGAGUAUAUGUUUAGCCUUUCUAGCCUUGCAGCUUGUGGUUGAAGUCAUGGCUGAAUUGAAUUAUUAUGAAGUUGAUGAAGGGUUUACCAGGGAAGAGCUUGUUGAGAAAGGUGACAGAAACAGACCCUUGGUGCUCAGAGCACUGGGCAAUUGCAGAGCGGGAGUGUGCCGUGAUGCCUUCAACUCUGCUCCCCAGGGCAUGAGCCUUUAGUAGCAACACUUAGACUUUUAUAAUUCAGUGCAAACAUAUCAUUAUAGUUCCCUGCUUUCUUACUUAGUAUUGCACAAAGUUAAACUGUUUUUCUUGGUGAUUCCCGUGAUUGCAUCAGGCUGUCCUCAAUGUGGUAGAAUGUGGAUGCUGGAGACAGAUUGCCCGGCUGAUCUCAGCUUUGUCACUGAUUAGCUGUGUAAGCUUGGACUAGUGUCUCAUUUCUGAAAUGUGGCUGAUAAUAAUACCUACCUAGGAAUUUUGUGAAAAUUAAAUUAGUUAAUUCAGGUAGAGUGCUUAACACAAAAUUGGGCACACAGUAAGCAGUGAGCCCACAGUCACUAUUAACAGUUAUUUAAGUAGUACCCUCAUAGGUUCUUAAAAUAUUUGGGGUGUUUUUCUCCAAUGCAAAAUGGCCUCACAGCCGGGUGUAGUAGCUCAUGCCUAUCUAUUAUCCUAGCACUUCGGGAGGCUGAGGCAGAAGGAUCGCUUUAGCUCAGGAGUUUGAGACCAGCCUGAGCAACCUAGCAAGACCUUGUCUCUACUAAAAAUAAAAAAAAUUAGCCAGGCAUGGUGGCACGUGCCUGUAGUCCCAGCUACUUAGGAGGCUGGUGGGAAGAGACUGUAGUGAGUUUGAUCCCGCCACUGCACUCCAGCCUGGGUGACAGAAGGAGACCCUGUCUCUAAGAAAAAUAGAGAAGAGAAAGAACUGAUUCAGUCAA